CUCCUCACACUUUUUUCCACUCUUUCUUCUUCCGUGCCUGCAAAGUCUUCCUUGCUUCACACAAAAUCCAAAAGCUCCGCAGAAGCUCACCUGCUCAUCAAUGGCGGACUCCAUCCCCUACCGAAAACCCCACUUCCCAGUCUCCGAUCCGCGCCCAGAACCUCACCGAAACCCGAUUCGACACGGUAAGUCGUACACCAUGCACUUUCUCCUUAAAGCUCUUACCCUUGCCGUUUUCAUCGUCCUUCUUCCACUUUUUCCCUCACAAGCUCCCGAAUUCAUCAACCACACGAUCCUCACCAAGUUCUGGGAGCUCAUUCACGUUAUCGUCGUCGGCAUUGCCGUGUCCUACGGCUUGUUCAGCAGAAGAAAUAGCGCUGAAAUGGGGAUUGAAAAUAGCUCAAAUGUAGGUAGUUCUGACUCUUACGUGCCUAGAUUUUUUCCCGUUUCGUCGAGUUUUGAGGGCGAGUGUGAACAGGCAUUUGGGUAUGGUGAGAAAAGAGAGGGUCAGAGUUGGAAUUCUGGGUAUUUUGUGGGUAACCCUGUGGCAGCUGUGUCUGAAUCUUGUCAUGAAAGCAAUGUUUUUGAUGCCCAAUGCAAACCCAGUUUGGGGAUUUGUGAAAGUGGGGGUGAAAAUUCAUGUGGGUAUGGAGAGAAAAAUGUUACCCAAGCUUGGAACUCUCGGUAUUUUCAGGGUGAAUCAAUGGUGUUUGUUGCUGAACCAAAUUAUGGUCUUGAUGAAUGGGGAAAACCCAGAUCAAUUGCUGAUAAUCAGCCGUUGGGAUUGCCCGUUCGGAGUUUGAAAUCGAGGGUAAAAAGCCAUGAUAGUUCUGAGUUUGUUGCUAGGGGUGAGUUUAGUUUAGGUUCUAAGGGUUCUUUUAAUAGCUCUGAUGGGGUUAGGAAUGGGGAUAUGGGUCCUCUAAAUUUGGAAGAUAAGUUAAAUGAAGCCGCUGCGUCACCUUCUCCGGUUAAUUGGCGUUCGGGUUCUGGAAAGAUGGAGAGGGGGAAAAGAGUAGGUGGUAAUGCUCGUCCAUCGCAUUUGAGGCCGCUCUCCGUCGAUGAAACUCAAUUUGAAUCAAUGAAAACUCCGUCUUUCCAGUCCGCAUUGUCCUUUACUUCUGAGUCUUCUUCUCAAACUAGUUCUCUGUCUUCUUCCCCAAAAGAAGACUCUUCAGCGCGCUCCAUGUCUUCGGAGGUGCUUAACUCAAAGUCGGAGAAGGUAAAGAAAAGAAAGAGUUCCCAUUCUCAAGGGUCUUCUUCUCCUUCAGGAUUUGCAUCAUCACCACCAAAACCAAUGAAUGAAAAAGCUUCAUUGAGUGCGUUGCAUUCGCGGGGCUAUAGCAUUGGUUCUUUCCAUGAGGAGGACUUGAGGAGAAGCUCAGAAAAUUACUUGAAGGAUUUGAGUGGGAGCAGAAGUGGAAGUGGAAGCGGAAGGGGAAGCAGAAGGGGAAGCGGAAGCGGAAGCGGAAGCGGAAGUGAGGAGGAGCAAUUGAAAAGCAAAGAAUUGGGGCAUGGAUUUUUGGGAUUGAAUACGAAACCUGCAAGCCUCGGUAAAUCCUCAGAAAAUUACUUGAAGGAUUUGAGUGGAAGCAGAAGCGGAAGCGGAAGUGAGGAGGAGCAAUUGAACAGCAAAGAUCUGGGGCAAGGAUUUUUGGGAUUGAAUACGAAACCUGCAAGCCUCAGUAAAUCCUCAGAAAAUUACUUGAAGGAUUUGAGCGGAAGCAGAAGCAGAAGCGGAAGUGAGGAGGAGCAAUUGAAAAGCAAAGAUCUGGGGCAAGGUUUUUUGGGAUUGAAUACGAAACCUGCAAGCCUCAGUAAAUCCUCAGAAAAUUACUUGAAGGAUUUGAGUGGAAGCAGAAGCGGAAGCAGAAGUGGAAGCGGAAGAGGAAGCAGAAGCGGAAGUGAGGAGGAGCAAUUGAAAAGCAAAGAAUUGGGGCAAGGUUUUUUGGGAUUGAAUACUAAACCUGCAAGCCUCACCAAAUCCUCAUCAAGGGGAAAAUCGGUUAGAACUAUCAGAGGUAGUAGACUUACCACUCCUGAAAAGGUUGAGAAGAUGCGAGACAUUGGUGAUUUUAUACCUAUGAGAAAAGAAACAAUGCAAAACGGAGGAACCAACGUGAAAGAUCUCGGCACUGCAACUACUAAGCUCGAUUUUGGCAAUCCCUUGCAGCCAAAGCCAGAAAUUCCAAAACAUGGGAAGAAGCAGAUGCGAGAAUUUCGUGGCAAUGCGGCUGCAGAGUCUGAAGAAGAAGAAGACUUGGAAAGUGAGGCGGAAAACUUUCAAGUAAGCUCGGAUGAUGAAGGCGAAGAUGACGCUCUUGCUGCUGCUGCUGCGGCUACAUGUAGUAACUCUGUGGAUGUUGGAGCAGCAGACUCAGAGGUUGAUAAGAAGGCGGGCGAGUUCAUAGCGAAAUUUAGAGAGCAGAUUAGGCUUCAAAAAGUGGCAUCGAUGGACCGAUCAAGAGCGCAACACAUCUCUGCUAAUUCGUUUAGGUGAUGGUACAAUUGCAAUGCUUGAUGGAGAGUUAUGGAAAGAUGGAUUUUUCAUGCUGUUCUAGCUCAAAGUAUUAUCUGUUUAUCAAUUUUAUUUACACAUUUGAUGAACAUUUGUUUUCUCUGUUGGACCAUUUUGGAUGUUUAGAAAGCAUUUCUAAGGUUUAAUUUUACUACUAGUGUUUGUGUUGCAUUUGGGAAAAAAUAAUGCUAGGGAGACCACAGAACAUGUUUCGACUAA